GUUUCAUCCAAAAUAGUGCAAUUUACAUAUUUCAAGAGAAUAAGUUGCGAACGCGUGCACACUCGCCGCACACUUACCCUAAUGCACGACGAAGAAUAUCCUUCGAUAUUGAGGAAACAAAAUCUUGAAAGGAGAAACUUUUACUUCUAUUCUCUUCCUCAAAAAAAUUCUCCCCCAUUCACGGGAACACGAAACUUUUCUUGCGAUCACCGCGCACGGUUUAACGUCCUGUGUACGUUCGCAUGCUACUAUCUGUUAUUGCUUGAAUUUUUAAAGAAAAUAACGCACCGCGCGUUGCACCGCCCGAGGAUUCGAGAGGGAGAGGGUCAGCCACCCGGAAACUUCUUCUUUUUCAUCGACAAUAGUACACGCAAUCUGUGCACGUAGCGAUCAAAAUAUUUAUUAAGUCAUGGCUCAUGGAAGGGCUCACCCCGCAUUCGUUUCGAGCUUUCAGUUUGUACAGAGACGCUACAUUGUGCACAUCGUACGAUCGAUCAGAUGUUUUUCGUAACACCGUAUAAAAUUUUCUUGUCGGAAUCGAUGCGGCGUGUUAACGGUGCACACUAAUAGGAAGACAAUAACAGAAAUAUGAAAAUACAAAAUACCGUUAGCCAAGUAAUGAAAAUUUGGCUUCGUAUGUUUGGCAUAUGGCCGAAUAUGUCGUGCGUUUUAUUUUGUAGACUGUUUUGGAUCGUCGCGCUCAUCGUCGAGCAAAUCUUACAGUAUCGAUAUGUCGUAAAUCAUUUCCAUUUGAUCGAGUUUUCCGAGAUAAUGAGCAUUUUGGGUGCAAUAGUGGCGUAUACGGUGUUUUUAAUUAAACUCAUCAUUUUUUGGGUUAAACAACGAACGUUCAACAAGAUAUUAAUGAUGAUGGCGAUCGAUUGGGAAAAGUGUUCCAGCACGAAAUUCAGUAUGUUCACGAUGACGUGCAAUGCCAAAAGGUCGCAGCGCUUCGUUAAUAUGACGGCGAUUUUUUACGCAAUAGCCGUAACUUUGUUUAGUAGCAACGUUCUGGUAAAGCACGUGGACGACGGCAAACCUUCCAACGUUUCCACACGAAUGUUUAUUCUACAGAUGGACCUGCCGUUCGAUGUUAAUCGAAGAUUCGUAUAUGAAUCAGUCAUAAUUGUUCAAUUUCUUCACUUGAUAUUAUGUUCUGAAGCAAUCGGUUUAUUAAAUGCUCUGCUCAUAAAUCUGAUUUUACAUGUAGGCGGGCAAAUCGAUAUUCUUUGUCAGAAUUUGAUGGAAAUGUUUCCGAAGAAAGGGAAGAGCGGUCCGAAUAAUUUUAUGAUAAAAGAAAUAAUUGAGAAACACCAGAAAAUCAUCACAUUUUCACGGUACAUCGAAGAUCUGUAUUCUUACAUUGCAUUGGUACUGUUCAUAUCGGAUACUCUGAUUAUCUGCUUCUUGGGUUUUACAAUUGUUACGUCAAUCGGUCGAUCCGACGGUAUGGAAAGUAUAAUGAAAAAUCUCGCAUUUUACCUCAAUAUGAAUAUGGAAGCGUUCAUAUUUUGUUUCUCUGGAGAAUACUUGAGUGCUAAGAGCAAAAGCAUCGGAGAUGCUGCAUAUGAUUCUCUCUGGUACAAAUCAGAUUCCAGAGACAGUCGAACCGUACAGUUUUUGAUAAUGAGGUCACAAAAUCAAUUAACCAUUACAAUUGGAAAAAUAAUGAAUUUGUCUUUAGACCGAUUUAGCAGUGUAAGUUCAUUUUUUACACGAGACAUUUUUUUUAGCACAGAUUUUAUAUUGAAGAUUGCUCUGUUAAUAAUUAGCCGAAAUCAAUGAAAAGUAGAAUAAGUUUUCUAAAAUAUAAACAGAACUUUAAUAUUACUUUUUGUAAUAUACGUAUUUAUAAUGUAACAUUUAAAAUAUAUUUAUAUAUUUGUUUUAAGUAACAGUAACAUUUGCUGCACUAUUUUUAUUGAUUUUUACGCAUUAUUAAAACGACAAAUCUUCAAUUGACAAAUGGCUUUUCACAUAAACGUAUUAAAUUUCUAUAUUUAUAAUUUCUAUAUUAAUGUUCUUGUAAUAACCAAUUGAUAUUGUUGCAGAUUGUAAAGGCUUCGGCUUCCUAUAUAUCGUUCUUACUUGC